AUGGCUGCUGCUCUUUACUCUUCGCACAAUGGCCCAGGUCCUUCCACACCGCUCAUGAACGAGCUCGACUUUAGAGACAACCGAUACCCGUCUAUCGGUGCUCAUUCCUCCAAAUCAACUCGGGAUCAGCCAGCGCCGAGCAGUAUGUUGAUGGCUUCUUCUGGAUGGGAGCCAGAAGAAAAAGAAACGAGUUCGUCAAAUCCUCCGUUGCGAAAUUCGUCCUCUAGGACCGGCGCCUCUGACGUUCAAUCGUCGCCAGAGCCGUCCAAAAGCGCUGUUUCUUAUUCUUUGCCUCAGAACAAUCGUCGUGUCGUUGAACGGUAUAGCCUCGACAAUGAAGCCCAGCAGGAACCAACAGUACAGCAAAAACAACAUUCUUUCCAGGAAGUGUCAGUAUCUUUGAUGCCUGCGGCUCCUCGUCAUCCAUCAUUGCCUGCAGCAGGUAGCCGCGCAGGCCCGAGUAACACUAAUGGCUCGGUGUCACCCGUUAUCAUGCCUCUGUCCGCAUCACCGACAUAUUCCCCCCCAAUUUCUUCCAGACAACGAGCUUACCCUCAACAACCAACUUACAUCCAAAACGUCUCUCCCAAUCCUGUUAACCCCGUCUACCUGCCCAAUAAUCCUCCAGCCGAAGAAGUCUGUAUUGAGUGCGCUAUGCGAGAUCAGGAUAUGGCUGACGUUGAUGUCACGUCGCCAGGAAUAUGGGACAGAGAAAGUGACAUACAUUAUGAAGAGCUGAAGCGCAAGGAACUAGAGGAGGAGGCUAGUGGUAUCAUCGACACUGAAGGUCCUCCAAGACCCAAGGCAAUAGGUGGUCAAUUGACAGAGUCGAAUCUAAAGCUGUGGCUGAGCGUCAAUCCCCGAGAGCCAACUUCACGACAACAGACAUUGAACUCUUACAUCAAGUCACAGCGCACAUUGCUAGAGGCUGAGGCGCUCGCUCGAGCUCGAGCUUUCCAUGAGGCGAAAGAACUGGACAACAGAAUGCGGGAUACAUAUUCACAGCUCCGGCGCUCUGCAUACGACAUGGGAAACAGCGCUUCACCCGCAGACGACACCGGCGGCGUUCGCAUCAAGCCUCCUACGUCCCCUGUGUCUGCUUCCUUCCCCCGGGCUCACGAUCGCUCUCACUCGCGCGAUGUCACUCUGCUCGAAAACGGCAUGAUCGUUGAGCAUGUUGAUGUACGAAAAGAAGAAAAAGAGGCAAGAGAUCGCCGUCGCAAGGACGAGCGUCGCGCCAGAAAGUCUUCUCGCAGCUCUGCGGUGGAUGUCAACUCUCUCAUGUCGACACAUAGUCUCGUAGCACCUCACACAGAUAGUGGCGUCGGGUUGAAGCCUUAUUCUCGGUACUCUCAGGCUAGUUCCGCACGACCAUUGAGCGUCUUAACAGCACCUCUGGAUCGACCCGAUUUACCCCGGGCCCUAUCACAAGCGUCCUUCUCUGACGUGCACAGUCUGGGUUCACCGUCAUCGAGGCGCACACGCUUCUUUGGUGUGAGGUCAAGUUACUGGAAAAGUCAAGAUAGUCUGGCAAUGUCCGGUGUUUCUGGCAGUAUGCUCGAUAUGCAUGUUGCUCUUCAGAGAGAAGGAAAUAGAGGUCAAAUGGUACAGUCCCCUGUUGACGUAGCCCCAGGCAUGCAUCGUCAAACUUGGCCAAGUACCGAACUGGCUCCCAUUAUCUCACGGCAGUCGGAGGAACAGCCGAAGAAGAAGAAAGGUUUUGCCAAGAUAUGGCGUAUAGUAACCAGAUCAAAGAAAAAUCGGUCUUCCAGCGCUCGAGAGAGCCAAUCUCUCGAUCGUACUGAAGAUGAGGCGGAUUACCCGUUAGCUCCUCCACCUCCAUUAUCCUAUCUCGUCAAUCGGGGAAAUCCUGGUGAUCGGAUGAGCCCUCGGCACGCGUCCACACCAUCGCUUCCUUUGGCUUCUUCACCCAAGUUAGCUCUCUCUUCAACAACCGGUAUCUCUCCUCCUACUGCACCAUCUACUUCACUCCCAUCUCCAGCAUCUUCUCGGCAAUCCGGGGCGGACCAAGACACAGGUGAAGGGAAAAAGACGACUAUCGUCAAUGGUGAUGAAAUAGAGCCCCCAAAUGCUGGAUAUUUCAUCUCUUCAAACGUGCACUCUCCGAUAUCUGAACCAGACCUUCGCCGGAUCAGUCAGACCGCUGUGCCUAUCAUUGACGUGCCGAUGGACAAGCAUUUCUCCCAAACCGUAUCGUCGAGAUUGACAAUAUCCACGUUGUCUCGAGAAAAGUCAUUGCCCCCUCUACCCAACGAUGCAAUAAUCCGACCGUAUGUCAACGGGAGCGCCCGUGAUAACAGUCGUCCUCGUACAGUAUAUACGUUCGACUCUCGACCUCCAGGCACUGGAGCUCCACAUGACUUCAUCCCUCCUCAAGCGCCGUUCCGCACAGAAGCACGACGACAAUCGUUCGGUGGCCUUACUUCUAGGCCGAACCUCAGUAGCUUUCUUAGCAGAUCAACGAAUAGCAAGGCAGUGGCAAACCCCCAACAGGGUCUGGCGCCCACAUACGAUGAGUUUGGUGCCUCGCGUGGCUCUUUGCGGUUGCCACCCGCUGAUACCAAUGCCCGGAACUCCGUAGCCCAUACCGGUCCUACGCCGACGAAACGACGGUCGAGGUUCGGGUUAUCAAGCUUAUUGGGAAAGAAGAACACCUCUCCCGAUCGUUCGAAGGAGGCCUAUGAACCGCAGUACCAACCAUACACAGUCCCGAACCAACAAGGACAGCCUCAACAGCAGCAGCAGUUCCCCGCUCUUCACACUUCUGGAUCCGAUGUGCAUGAUGAAGUUAUGACAGGGUAUGCUACUUCCAAUUCUCGACAUAGUGGUAGCGGUGGCGGAGGCCCGCGCAUGUCGAUCACGUCAAGAAAGGCCUUAGACGAAUUGGUAUCGCAAGAUGCGGAAUUUGUCGCAUAUCGGUAUCCGUCGAACGACCAACGCUUAGAUUUGUUACGCUAG